AUGCCUGUCAACAGUGGCAGUAAUGUCGACCUCAACAUAUCCGAGACGUCGCUGCAUGUACUGUCGGAUAGUGUCAACGAUCCUCCCUUGCCCUUCGAUCUUGAGGAAUCUUCCGAUGAUACUCAGACUGGUGGGACGAUCAAAUUGGCGGCGCAGCUUGCGAAGCAACGCGAUUGGGACGUGGAUCCCGAGUAUCAGUUGUUCUAUGCGGGAGAUGCAUUGCGGGAGCAGUAUGAGCUGUCAAACGAGGCCACCGACAUCGAGGGAGCUUUGGUUGCCUAUCGACGUGCACAUCAACUUACACCAGACGAUCAUCCAGAAAAGGCAAUCCAACUGAGCCAGCUUGCCUAUUCAUUCAUAUCUUUCUACAUCCGCUCCGAUAGUGUUGAACUCCUGCAGGAGAUUGUGUCCAUAUUUCGCAGCGCUGCGAAGAUAAUGCCCGACGAAUAUCCGAGACGCUCAGCGACGCUAAGCAACUUAGCCCGCACCCUGCGAAUGCGUUACGAUCGGCUUCAUAAUGUCGAAGACUUAGAUGACGCUAUCGGGGUGUAUCAUCAGUCUAUAGAACUCGCGGAUGAGGAUGAUCCGGAAUUACCGGGCAAGUUGGGGAACAUGGGCGGUUGCCUUUAUCACCGCUUCUUGCAUCUGGACGAGCUCGACGAUCUCGAGAGAGCUCUAGAUGCACAACGACGCGCUAUCCUCUUGACUCCUGAUAAUGAUCACGAGCUUCCGCUACGACUCAGUAACUUAGGCGUUUCUCUGUGGACCCGUUUCUACCGCUUGGAAGAACUUGAAGACCUUGAACGUGCUCUAGAGGCCGACAAGCAAUCCAUUCAGUUGACUUCUAAGCAGGAUCCAGAUCUUGCUUGGAGGCUUAACAAUCUUGCCAUCUCCCUGUAUGGUCACUUCAACCUUUUGGGAGAUAUCUCCGACCUACAGGCUGCUCUCGAAGCAAUAGAGAGGUCCGUUGGGCUCACACCUCCUGGUCAUCCCGAACUUCCCUUGCAACUGUGCACAUGGGCUGGCUGCUAUCACCGUCGCUUCGAGGAGCUGGGAGAGCUUGAAGAUAUCACCCGCGCCCUCGAUCUUCUUCACCAAGCCGUUGAUCUCACGCCUGGUGAUGAUCGCAGACUUCCGAGACUAUUGAUCAACGUCGGCGAAACCUUGCGAACUCGCUUCGGGCGCUUGAGGGACCUGAACGACCUUGAGAGCGCCGUGAGCUAUGGCCGUCGGGCGAUUGAUCUCAUACAAAACGGCGACCCGUAUAAGCCGCUCUGGUUACGCGAUCUUGCCAUCUCUCAUCGCACUCGCUUCGAACACAAUGGAAGUGAGGAGAGCUUCAAAGCAGCCGUGGAGUGUUUCAUGGAUGCUACGAAUCAGCCACUAGGUGCUCCAUACUACCGCUUUGAGUGUGCGGAAGCAUGUAUUCGCAUGCUACGUGACCACAGUGCACUCCCUGACCCCAAAUCAUCUCUUCUACUCGCCUUUGAGCGUAUCCUUGAUGUCCUUCCCGAGCUCGUCUGGUUGGGGCAAAGCGUUCAACGUCGAUUCACAGAGUCUGCCCGUGUAGGCGAGUUAGUCAAUGCUGCCGCAUGCGCUGCUAUAGAGGCAGGGGAUACCACGCGAGCAGUGGAAUGGCUGGAGGAAGGCAGAGGGCUUGUGUGGUCGCAGGUCACCUCGAUGCGAACGCCGUUCGAUGAGGUCACAGAACGCCUACCCGAUCUUGCGCUUGCAUUCCAAGCGGCCCAUCAGGAGCUUCAGCUUUCCCAGUCUGACAUUGAUGCUCGUGUAGGAGUAUCUCCCAAGGACAUGGUCUCGCAUGUUCAACGCGAUCUCAACAUCCAAAUGGGUCUGUCAACCGCAGACAAACAUCGGCAGGCUGCCAUACGCUAUGAAAACCUCCUGAAGAAGAUCCGCGAGCACGACGGUUUCGAGAACUUCAUGCGGCCCAUGAAGCUUGCCGAUCUUCAAUCUCUGCCUGCGUUUCCGCGGUUCAACGGGACAUUAGUCUACAUCAACGUGGAUGAAGUUCGUUGCCAUGCGCUGACUCUAACGCGCAUGGGCGGCGUGAAGCUGGUUUCCCUGCCGCAGCUAUCCCAGACGCGCGCCCAUAAGCUUCGCACCCUCUGGACUAAACACGUUGGACUUUCUCGAGCGCAGAGGCGGGGCAUGGUAUCACCUGCGAAAAUGAUAUAUGGGACGGGAAACCUGUAUGGCUUGAUCUUAGGUCGACUAUGGAUGUGGGUUGUGAACCCUAUUCUGCAAGCACUUGGAUAUACUGAACCGCCUCCAGAGAACACGAGGAUGCCACACAUUGUUUGGUGCCCCACGGGUCCUCUAACGCAGGUUCCCCUCCACGCCGCCGGCAUCUACGACGGCUCGGCAUCCGGCCAACACGUUUACGACUUUGUAGUCUCCUCCUAUACGACGUCUUUGUCAACGCUACUGCGUUGUUAUGAGGAGAAAGACAGCAUCGAACCAUGCCCGAGCACUCUGCUCGUCUCCAUGUCGGAUACACCCCGCAAAGGUCUCUCUCCUCUACCACAUGUCCGCGCCGAGACUGCGCGUCUACGCACCUUCCUGCCAGGACACGCCCAGACCGUCCUUGAGAAUGAGGAGGCUACAGUCGAAGCCGUGUCGAACAUCCUCAGCGAGCACGCGUGGGUGCACCUCGCCUGUCACGGCUCGCAGAACUUGAAGAAUCCCACGGCAAGCGCGUUCGAGCUGUACGACAGUGGACUGACACUGUCCGCCCUCAUGGGCAAAGCCUCUACGAAUGCAGAGCUCGCUUUCCUAUCAGCCUGCGAGACCGCAGUGGGCGACCCGUCGAUCCCGGAAGAGUCGGCGCAUCUGGCUGCUGGAAUGCUUGUCAUUGGGUUCAGGGGCGUCGUCGCCACGAUGUGGUCGAUCUGGGACCAGGAUGGGCCUGUCAUUGUGGAAGCGUAUUACAAGAGGCUUCUGGAGUUGCGGGGAUCUGGUUCGCUUGGAACAGGGGAGACCGGCGCUGCAUACGCUCUUCAUGAUGCGGUGAAGACAUUGAGGGAAAAGGUGGGCGAGGACAACUUCGAGCGAUGGGUUCCGUUCGUGCACUUCGGCGCUUAG